AGGAGGAGCCGCUGCGUGAACACAUUGUGGUUUCUCCCACAACCUGCACUGACAUCUGACUGCAGCCUGUAGCUCAUAGUGAUCUCGCUGGAUUUUUAAAGAGCAUUUUCUGUAUGUUUUCAGCGCUUUAAUUAGCCUUUAGAUUGUAAUCAGAGCCAGAAGUCAACUUGUCAAAGAGAGAGCGAGAAGCGCAUCUGAAGUUUGGAGAGGAGAGAGCGCGCAGAUGGCAGCCCUCAUCAGCGCGUACUCGUCAUGGCCGGAGUCCUUCGAGUGUCCUCCAGGAGAUGGAGACGUGCCCGACGGACACGGCCCGCACAGGAACCCCGUGGACAAGGCGCCGGAGCCGCGGAUCAGACGGCCCAUGAAUGCGUUCAUGGUCUGGGCCAAAGAUGAGCGCAAGCGGCUGGCGGUUCAAAAUCCAGACCUGCACAAUGCCGAGCUCAGCAAGAUGUUGGGCAAGUCAUGGAAGGCCCUGACUCCCCCUCAGAAGAGGCCCUAUGUGGAGGAAGCAGAGAGGCUUCGGGUGCAGCACAUGCAGGACUAUCCCAACUAUAAGUACCGUCCUCGCCGAAAGAAACAGCUGAAACGCAUCUGCAAGCGCGUGGAUCCUGGCUUCCUCCUGAGCGGGCUAGCUCCUGAUCAGAACGCCCUGCCUGACCAACGGGCCCUCUGUCACCCCCUUGACAAAGACGCGGGCAGCCCUAAUGGUGUGGGCGGUGGCUUUUCCAGCUCCAGCCCUGCUCUGCCCAGCGUCCGAAGCUUCAGAGACCACGCCGGCUCCAACAGCAGCUUUGACACCUACCCCUACGGCCUGCCCACUCCUCCUGAGAUGUCCCCUUUAGAUGCCGUGGACCAUGAGCAUGUACCCCCGUCUUAUUACUCCACAUCUGGAAGUUCCUCUGUCUCCUGCUCCCCAAAUGAGCACCACCAGAAUGGCAUGGGCAGCCCGCCCCCUUACCACACUGACUACACUCAGACCCAAAUCCACUGUGGGGGCACACACAUAGGUCACAUCCCUCACAUGUCCCAAACUGGUGGCAGCGGAGGUGGACUGAUCUCCGGCCCUCCUCUGUCUUACUACAGUACCUCGUCUUUCCCCCAGAUUCACCAUGGGCUCCACCAGGGCCACUUGGGUCAGCUGUCCCCCCCACCAGAGACUCAGGGUCACCUGGAAACUCUAGACCAGCUGAGCCAGGCUGAACUACUGGGUGAGGUGGACCGCAAUGAGUUUGACCAGUACCUGAACUCCAACGGGAGCGGGUUCCACCCUGAGCAUGGCAGCAGCAUGACUGUUACAGGACACAUCCAGGUGGCGUCUGCCACCACAGCUUGUCCCAGUAGCACCACAGAAACCAGCCUCAUCUCCGUGCUGGCGGACGCAACGGCGGCCUACUACAACAACUAUGGCAUCUCUUAAGCUAUGUUGCAGCACCCAUUAUACUUGUGACUGAUCAGAGACACCACAAGGUUUAAAAUGGGUGAAGUCGAGUUGGGAUGACGUUGCACUUGGGUGCUAAUGAGAGACAAAUUUCUGUGUUUUUACUGAAGAAAUUUCAAAACUCCUUAGUAGCAUCUACGGGGAACUUUAUCCCACCACGAUUAAAACCUGAACUGAUUACUGAGCAAUUCGAUUGUCUGGAGCCGAGGGAAGAACAAAGAGCAAUCGGAGGAAUGUGAAGAAAGGGAGAUGGACACCUCAGGGAUGCAGACACAAAACACUAUAUAGUAUGUCACCUCCAGCUGUCAUGAAAUAUCCAAACCAGAAGAACAAUUGUGAAAAGACUUGUUGUCUAUUUGUAAAUGUCACCAGUUACUGUUGCCACUGAUGCGUGUACAGAUGCUCAUUAGAUGCUAAUUUAAGUCCUUUGAUGUUUCGCAUAAAUUCUAACUGUAAUGCUACUAUCGAUGCUUUCCAUUCGAAUGUUUGUAUUAUUAUGUUCUCACUCUCAUUAGUUUGGGAGUCUUACCUCAGUAGUUGUAAUUGAAUGAGGUUUUAGUUGGACAUUUCUUAUGCAAUUUAACAAAGACGGUGUAUAAUGAAGAAAAAAGGCGUUUAUACUUCUUAUCAAGUACUUAAUAAUAUAUAAUCAUAACCUCUACAAUGAAAAAUAAUAAUGGUAAGUAUAACUGUAUGCUGAUUUAGGUUUGUGAAAGACAAUAAUUUAAAAUAAAGUGAAUUUUUUUGUAUUAAUGUGCUUGCUACUUAGAUGAUGUAUCUACAAACAUGCAAAAGACUUCUUAUUGUUUCAUUAUUAUCAUCAGGAGUAUUGGUAAUAAUUGAAAAACUUAAAAGGCAUCAUGCAGUAGCAUAUCAAACACAUUUCUACUCAUAUGUAGCACGUAAUCAAUACAAUCAGAUUACUAAAUAAAACAAAAAAAGAAGGAUGUACUCCUGCUUGGUAACUUUUGAACACUGCAAUUUUCCAUACACAAACGGGAAAAAGGGAUCAUCUGUCCAUCUUUGAAUUAAGUGUCACACCAUGUAUUCUUCUAUUUCGGGCUCUGUCUAACUGUUGUACUGCAAGUGGCCCAUUCUGACACCCACUCCCCUGCUUGCUUUUUCCACCCUCCAUCAUCCUUCUCCAUCCGUCUCCUCUCGCUUUCAUUUCAUCCCGGUUCAGAGGAUUAGUGUAAAACAGGCACAGCCGUCGCCACCCGCCUCCAUCUCAAACGUCUUUUGUUUUCCUGGAGUCUUAUUCUGGGUGCCAUUCUUAGGCACGCUGGACCCCCCCAAC